AUCGAGAUCCGGCGUACCGGAGCCUGCACGUGAAGAGACAUCAGUCCCAUGCAGAGCUUUUCCGUCGCGGGAGCAGAGCUUUGGAUUCCGGGCGGGUCUUGUAACUCCGGACGCUUUUUACAAUCACCCGGAGUCAGAUUGUGCGACUUUGUAGCUAGCAAAAAUCGCUGCUUUGAACGGUGGCAGCAUUUCCAGGCCCGGAAGUGCAAUUGCGUUUGCGAUUAUCCAUAUUAGAAAAACGUUCGAAUAUGAGCGUUCGCGCGCGUUGAUUUGUGUAUUUUUCUCCGGGUGCAACAGAGAUUUGCAGAUGAGGAUUUCAGUUUAGAUGGAUAGUGACAAAAAGUGGUGCAUAACUCUCGGGUCUAAUCAGGGGCACAUGCAGUGAAUGCAAAAACGUUUUGUGAAUUGUUUCUGUUGUUUCUAAUUGGAUUUGUCACUGUGAUCAUGGAUAUGCUUGUUUUCAAUAUAUUACACUUUCUCAGCCUUUUGCUGGUGGUAUCGGCUGGUCAGCAGUACUUCCGAGUGCAGCCGCAUGAUACGAAAGUGCAAGAAGGAGGAGAAGCUAUGUUGGAAUGCGAAGUUGCCAUGCUGGCUGGGGCUGUACAGUGGACGAAGGAUGGCUUUGCACUUGGUUUUUCGUCGGUCAUCCCAGGAUACCCCAGAUACUCGGUUAUUGGCGAACGUAGAAACGGGGUCUACAACUUGCGGAUAAGCAACGCAUCCCUUGAGGACGACGCUGAAUAUCAGUGCCAAGUUGGACCCUCCAAAUUGAACAAGGCGAUCAGGGCAAACGCCAGACUAACUGUAUUUUCUCCUCCAUCCUCGGUGGAAAUUCUCGACCACAGGCACAACUCGAAAAUAGAAAUAAAGGAAAAUCAAGAGUUUCAUUUGGAGUGCCGAGUCCGUAAUGCAAAACCUGCCGCUAAGAUUAUUUGGUAUAGAGGCAAUGUGGAAAUUAACAUACCGAGUCGUGAAGACCAAACAAUCGAAAUUCCUGGCAAAACCGGCGAUAAAAGAGUAACUCGCUACGAUACCCACUCUCGAAUAUCACUGAAACCAACUGCUGAAGAUGAUUUUGCUAGUUACACCUGUGAAGCUAGACACGAGGCUCUAGUUUCUAGCAUACCCAUGAGAGCUACCGUUCAACUUAGUGUUUUAUAUCCACCUGGAUUGCCUUAUAUUGAAGGUUAUACCGAAGGAGAAACCAUCAAAAGAGGACAAACGGUCGAAUUAGUAUGCAGAAGUCGUGGUGGUAAUCCGCCAGCGCAACUAAUCUGGUACAAAAACGGGGAACAAAUUCGAAUGGCAUACCGGACAGCAGGAAGAGUAUCCGAGAACGUGUAUACUUUCACAGCAGAUGCGAGUGAUAACAAAGCUCGAUACAAAUGUGAGGCCAGCAAUAUCAUGUCGAAAAACGUAUUGAAGGCGGAAUUAGAUAUGACAGUUUUGUUUGCUCCUGCUCACGUAUCAAUAUCUGGACCGACUGAAGCUAGAGUAGGAGAUCCGGUGCCAUUGACCUGCUCCACUGCAAAUUCCAACCCACCAGCCGAAAUCAGAUGGAUGAUUGAAGGCCGGCCAGUUCAAAAUGCAACAUCAAGAACGGUGGUAUCUCCAGAAGGUGGUUGGAUUACCAGUUCAAAUAUCACAGCAGUCGUAAAAACUGAUAAAAGAAGCGUGGUGGUGAUUUGUCAUGGAGUCAACGCUCAACUCACUGAAAAUGUAGUAUCGACCCACACAAUCAAUGUUUUAUAUCCCCCAAGCCAGCCAUUCAUUCAAGGCUAUGAGGAAGGACUGCAUAUAACUGCAGGAACAGUUAAGAAAAUUUCCUGUUCUUCCGCAGGCGGAAACCCUUUGGCUACUUUAACGUGGUACAAAAACGACAAAAAGAUUCAUUCAACCACUAAAACAAAUAACGACAUUGUGAGUGCCGAAAUCACAAUUCUCACCAACGUCACAGACAACGAAGCUCAAUACCGAUGCGAAGCUGCCAACUCAGCCACUGAAAUACCAAUGUUUAAAACCAUCACCAUGAGUGUCUAUUAUCCACCGGAAACUGUGCGAAUUCGUCAAGAGCCAGCCGAACUGAAACCGAACGAGGAAGCAACAUUAAUUUGCGAUUCCAGCUCGAGCAAUCCUCCAGCCACAUUGACCUGGUGGCGUGAAGGCAUUCCAGUACAAGGAUACCAAAAUUACUCCAAACAAGGCCUCCAUGGCGGUACAGUAUCAACAAUUGAGCUGAAAGUUAAUGUGUCGGAGGAAAUGAAUGGCAUUCAGUACGCGUGCCAAGCGCAAAACGAGGCGCUUCAACGAAGUGCUCAUGAUUCCAUCAGUUUGCAAGUUUUAUACAAACCUGUUUUCGAUAAAAGCAACGAAGAGUUUGUCACUGGAAUAGAGAAUGAACCUCUAAUUAUCACCCUGAAAGCGGAUGGAAAUCCAGAAAGUUUGGCUUAUACAUGGACGAGAGAUGGUCUUCCCAUCACCCAGUCAUCAUCAGCAAAUGGAGCAGAAAGAAUAGUCUCCGAUGGACCUGUUUUGAAUAUCACAAGACUGACCAGACAUGAUGCGGGCGCUUACAACUGUGAGGCUCUAAAUUCACAGGGAAGUUCCAUGGCUUCAGUGAAUAUUACUGUUCAAUAUCCUGCAUCCAUACUACAAACCAGCGAAACCGUCAUUGUGAAUCCUAAAGAAGAUGCUACUUUAUCGUGCUCGGCCGAUGGAAAUCCUAUGGCCGACGACACAAUAACAUGGAAAAGGGAUGAUUUUCCUGACUUCGAUGCUCGAACAUCCAUAAUGUAUGAUAAGAAUGGAACUUCGCAUUUGAGAAUCACUCAAGUGACCAGGGAGGAUCUUGGAAUGUUUCAAUGCAUUGCAAACAAUGGAAUUGGAAAUGCCACCACAAAGAACGUGAUGCUGAUUGUCAAACAUAAACCCGAAAUUGAUGCGGGUCCCACUCUAUUGAAGUUUGCAAGUGAUGCAGGUGACACAGGAAAACUGAUAUGCAGAAGUCAAGCUUCUCCAUUAGCGCGAUUCACUUGGAGUAGAAAUGGAAGUCCAAUAAGUGCGAAUACUAGUGGCAAAUACUACUCGGCUUAUCAUCAGAUUGAUCAACUGACCUCAGAAUCCAUUCUUUCAAUCACCCAUGUGACUUCAGCCGAUUACGGGACUUAUGAAUGUAUAGCAAAAAAUGAACUUGGUUUCGCAACGAUCACGCCCAGAUUGGAAGUGACUUCCAUUCCAGAUCCUCCCACCAUGCUGAUAGUAGUGAAUGUAACUCACGACUCUGCAGUCCUCGCUUGGACUCCAGGAUUCGAUGGCGGACAUAAACCCGCAUAUAGGAUAAGAUUUAGAAAAAUAAAUGACGAAGUUUACAAAUAUGAAGAUGUUAGUCCGCCAAAUGCAACCAGCUUCACAAUUGGAAGUCUUCAAAUUGACACUGAAUAUGUGUUUUCUAUGAUGGCUUUCAAUAAGCUGGGCAGCAGCAAGUACUUGCCCGACUUAGUAUCCGCUAAAACUUCAAACAAGAUACCUCCUUCCUAUUCCAGUCCAAGCUUAGAUGAGAGGAACCUGAAAAGCUUUCCAGGUUUCCUGAUCAUCAUAGGCGCGAUCGUAGGAGUGCUACUAAUCCUAAUGAACGUGUUAUUAAUAGGCUGUUGCCUGCAUAAACGUGCUAAAAAACGGCCAUCAGAGCAGAGCAACCAGUCGGGAAAGUCGGCCACAAUAGAAAUGUACGCUCCCAGCAGUUACAACGAUACAAUGACGGGGGAAACAUUGUCCUCAGUAAGCGAGAAAAGCGAAACAUAUUCUAACGAGGGCAGCAACAAUGAAUACGUGGAUGACGGAAGGAGUAAACAGGCUCCAAAUUCAUACAUCAUCGAACAACCGCCGCCGGUUGAUUAUCCGCCAGGUGCGUACACAGUGUACGAAAUGCAGAUGGGCAAUAUGAAUAUGGCCCAUAAAACCCACACUUUACCACAUCCUCAUCACCAUCAUCAUCACAUGCAUGACACCCGACCGAGGUCGCGUGAUGACCAAAGUUUGGGGCACUAUGGGCCUGGUAUGGGCAUGUCAGCUAAGUCAUCGUAUGUUAGCGCCCCAACUCCCACUCCACCAGCUGACGGCAGCUACUAUAACGUCGCUGAUCGGUACCUGUCCUACCCACCACCUUUAGACUUUCAGAACCCCCCACCAAUUCCAGCACACCCCCACCUACAACACAUGACACCAGUCACACCCCCUUUGCCGUCCAAUGGGUCGCUACUGCGUCAUCAGCGCCACGUCCCACCGCCGGACGUUCUACACAACACAAGCCAGACCGCUCAGAUUCUGCAAGCUCAAUCGCUGGCUCAGAAACGAGAGCUGUCUAGUUUCGGUAACGGUUACGGUGGGGUGAACGAACAGGAAGGUCAUCUUGUCUGAGACCAGGGGGGUAUCGACAUUUUGUACGUUUUGUAAAUUAUUCAGUGGUGUGAUAGAUGACGAAACUUCGAAAGGGUGUCUAUAAUAACUUUAAUGUGAUGAUUAUAGAGUGCGAGUUAAUCUUGAUAGACUUUGAUAUUUAUUUUAAGCUCAAUUAUUAAAAGCCCACGUGUGGUUGACUCAGCAAUUUGGUACUGACUUAAUUUAUAUACUUAGUUAUUAGUUUCGCGCCUCCACAACUUGUCCCUUUUGAACCGACCGUUUAAUCAAAACGAAUGUUACAUCCGCGAUGGAAUGCAUUCAGUAUAUCAAAAGGGAUUACGAUAAAGAAGCUGAAGACUGGAGCACCAAAUGCCAAACGUGAAUAUUUACGUAAAACCGAUAAGGUAACAGUACCGAUCGGAUACUCAAACGACUCAAAUCUGCAUCAUUUACAUUGUUAUUGUCCCUGUUAAUCCGGCAAAAGUCAUAGAGCGCGAUUCUGGCAACAAUGUUUUUAUUUACCCAACUGCUUAUCAUUUUUAAUUGAAAAAUACAUUUACUUUCAAUAACCCUUAAUACACACAUACUUAAUUCAAAUUAAAUUUGCUCAGUGCAAAACACCACGAUUAUAAAAAAUUAUCAAAUCAGUUAUAAUUGCCGCAUUGAUACUAAAAAAAGUCUUGUUCAGAAAAACCUUGUCCGAUUAAGUCUUAACACCCUAAAGCCUGAUCUAAAUAAACUAGCCGCUAGUGGUGUACUUUGCCGGUCCAUCUAUUCCAGAAAAAUAAUUGUAAUAAUGUAUUUAUGCAAUAAUUUUCUUCUAAUAAGUUAUAACAGUUGUGAGAUCAAAUGGCUCCCCCAUCGGCUAGUUUUUAAAUCAGGCAUAUAUGUAGAUAUCUGUAGCUGAAAAGUUCGUGUUUGUUUAAAAGAAAAUUAAUCAGCUCAUCCAAUAUGCAUUUUAUGGAACGAAUAAUAAUCGUCAAUUUUUUAUAUUGACUACUUGCUAACUGAUAAUCAGUUGUUAAGAUAUAAAAGAAUAUCUAUGUGAUCCUUAGAUAGUUAAUAAAUUUAAUAAAAUACGUGUUAUUUUUGCAAACAUUAAUAUAACAUCUUUUAACAAUUUAAUUAAAACGUCGUCCUUUGUUUACUGAAUUAACGUAUUGUUUAAAUUUUGUGUUUUAUUGUAUAUUUUUAGUUUGUUGUGUACAUAGUAAUUUCAAAAGUCGAUUUUUUUAUAAAAAGAUACAUUAUUUUUUACUAGUCCAAUGGAACAGCCAAAGUAUUUCAAAUUCUUUUGUAAAAAGAUUUUUCCGUUUAAUUUUUAUGAAUUAUUUGACAUUAAGUUUGAGUACUUCUCACUGUACAUAUUUAAGUUUAAUUCGUCUUUUUCGUUUUUAAGCCAUUUCUGUACUUACUUUUGUUAAUUUUAUUUGUAUAUUACCGCAUUAAAUGUAGUAGUUUAUUUCUUACGUACAAAUAAAUGUUAUAGUUUA